AUGCCUCUCUUUUCUCACUAUCACCCCACCCCCGCGAACGGCAUCUUCCGCCUCCUCGAUGGCCUCACCAGCCACAACUCCAACAACAACCAUCAUACCUCCACGCCCACAAACCGCCGAGCCUUCACACCAAACUUCGACGUGCACGAGACCGACGCCGCGUUCGUGCUCGAGGGCGAGCUGCCCGGGCUGGAGAAUAAGUCGCAUGUUAACAUCGAGUUCACGGACGACAACACGCUGCUCAUCAGGGGGCGGAUCGAGCGGAAGGUGCAUUCGGCCGGGGGGAAUGAUUCGGGGGAGAAUAAAGAGAAUGAGAAGCAGGAGGAUAAGGGGAAGCAGGUGGUGAAGAAGGGUGAGUCUGUGAAGGAGAAAGAGAAUGCGGGGGUGAGGUAUUGGGUGGCGGAGCGGUCGGUGGGCGAGUUCCAGAGGAGCUUUUCGUUCCCUGGGCAAGUGGAGGUGGAGAGUGUGAAGGCGAGUUUGGAGGAUGGGGUGUUGAGGAUUGUGGUGCCGAAGAGGGAGGCGGUGAGAGGGAGGAAGAUUGAGAUUUCGUAG